AUGUGGCUGAGCGACUCCCAAAAAAUCGGUAUUGCCCUCGUGGCGUUCGGCAUCUUCUUCCAGUUCCUCGGCAAGUCGUAUCAUGACUGUUUGACCGACCCAACUGACUUGUAUCUCCUAGGAAUAAUACUCUUCUUUGACGGCCCCUUCCUCGCCCUCGGAAACAUCCUCUUCCUCUCAGGACUGCCGCUCAUCAUCGGUCCAACCAAAACAUUCUACUUUUUCUCCAGGCGUGAAAAGUGGAGAGGGACCCUGUGUUUCUUUGGCGGAAUAAUACUUGUGUUCGCCAAGAGGCCGGUCUUUGGGAUCGUCAUCGAAUUCGUUGGGUUCGUGGGGCUCUUUGGCUCCUUCUUCCCCGUCAUCCUCCAAGCCCUCCGUCAAGCACCAGUGAUCGGACCAGUCUUGUCGCUGCCAUACAUUCGCGGGGCGGCAGACAAGCUGGCGGGUGUGCGUCAGAGUGCUGUGUGA